UGGCAGCAGUCUAGUGCACCUCUACGAGGACAGGUCUAUGUGUAAGAGUAACGUAUGGUUGACUCUGAGGAAGGGAUAGUAGAAAGAGAAGUUAGACAGCAGUUUACUACAAGUAAUGUUGCAGCUGGCCGUCUCAGAGGAGCGCAAGAAAGUGUUAGGGAAGAGCUCAUGCAACUUGCUCUGGAAGUAAAUCCAGUAAACUUAAGUGCAGAAACUCCUGAUUUUGUAGCUCCAGAGUUUAUUACCAAAGCUUUAAGUGAAGCUGUGACUGGACCAAAUAUUCUUCUAAAUCAAUACACUCGGGGCUAUGGUCACCCACGGUUAGUGAAUGCUCUAAGCAAACUGUACUCAAAAUUGCUUGGUCAUGAACUGGAUCCAUUCAAAGAGAUAUUAGUAACUGUAGGAGCUUAUGGAGCACUUCACUGUGCCAUCAUGGCCUUAAUUAACCCAGGAGAUGAGGUCAUUAUCAUAGAACCAUUUUUUGAAUGCUAUGUACACAUCACUAAAAUGGCAGGUGGCAUUCCUGUUUUUGUACCACUUUUGAAGAAUAAGACUAAGGAUUCCAUAUCAAGUGCUGAUUGGGUGUUAGAUCCUAAAGAAGUUGCUUCAAAAUUUACCAACAAAACUAAAAUGAUUAUUAUUAACACCCCACAUUAUCCACUAGGAAAGGUAUUUACAUGCUCGGAGCUAGACAUGGUAGCAGAAUUUUGUAAGAAACAUAACGUCAUCUGUGUUAUGGAUGAGACAUAUGAAUGGUUAGUGUUCAAAAGCUCGGAGCACAUUCGCAUGGCAACCCUCCCUGGAAUGUGGGAACUAACAAUUACCAUUGGAAGUGCUGGAAAAACAUUUAAUCUUACAGGAUGGAAGGAAGCCAUAGGAAUUGGGCUUGAAAUUGAAAUUGAACGUAAGGAAACACCAGACAGCUACUUGCAAGAUCGUGUAGAGAGGUUAGAACUGAAACGAGAUUGCAUGGCUAAAUGUUUAUCUUCUGUAGGAAUGACACCUGUUAUUCCAGAAGGGGGAUAUUUCAUUGUUGCUGAUUUCUCAAAAUUAGGUGCCAAGAUAAGCCUGAAUCUUGAUGAAGAGCAAGGAGCAAAGGACUAUCAAUUUGCAAAGUGGCUAUACAGGAAUGAGAAACUUCAAGUUUUCCCAUUCAGUAUAUUUUAUUGUGUUGAACACAAACAUUUAGGAGAGGACUUUGUAUGCUUUUGUUUUGUCAAGUAUGAGAAGGCCGAGCAAGUUUUCAGUGAGUUGAAGAAAUCUCUCAAUCGAGUUGACACUUAUUGUAAGACUGCAGUCUAAGAAGAAUCAGAAUAUAAAAUGAAUAUAUUCAGUUACUUAUUAAGACUGUUGAGGUAUAAGGUAUUUAUGUUUGAAGUAGUUUUUUACAGCCUUCUACUGCAUUUAGGAACUUUUUGGAAUAAUACUGGGUUUUUCAGUUUUAUCUAAUCUUGGAAUCUUAAACGAUGUUCGUAUUAAAAUGCCUCCAUAUGGAGUUAAUAUGAAAAAUGUUUUAAUGGAACAGAGAUGAAUUUAUAAAUCUCAACUUUUUAUAUUCAGAUAUCUUUAUGGUAGUAACAUUGUCUUAAGUGUUACUUCUUUUUGUUUAUAUGUACCUGUAUUUCUUCUUAGUCCAGUAUAAGAUCAAAAACAAAUAUAUUUUUCUGCUUAUCUAAUUAUUUUUAAUAAUUUUCAU